AACAAAAAAAAAAAAAAAAGCUUAUAAAAAACGAAUUAAAAAACAGAAAUUUUUUAUUCAAUAUAAAAUACCGCUAAUCGAAAUGACGCGUUCGCAUUGCAAUCGAAAACUUUGUCUCGCAAUGACGGGUUCCGUACUUGCAUUAAUAUUGUUCACAUUAAGUUUUUACGGUACCGCAGUAUUAACGGAAACAUCUGCUUCAUUAGAUGGUGUUACGAAAAAAGAUCUUUCUUCGCUUCAACUGCUGCAUGUGAUAUUCCGUCAUGGACCACGCACACCUGCUGACACCUAUCCCAAUGAUCCAUAUUUAAAUCAUACUUUUCACCCCUAUGGUUGGGGCCACAUAACAAAUAGCGGCAAACGUGAACUAUUCAAUAUGGGCACUUGGUUAAGAAAGCUUUACGGUAACUUUUUGGGUACACACUAUCAACCGGAUUUAGUCCAUGCCCAAGCGACUGGCGUUGCCAGGACUCAUAUGUCUUUACAAACGGUUUUGGCGAGUUUGUAUCCUCCUCGAAACACUGCCAUGGAAUGGAAUACAAAAUAUAACUGGCAACCAAUACCAGUUUAUUCGCAGCUUCUUAAUGAGGACACGUUUUUAUUAGUUCGUACGCCCUGUCCUCGUUACUUUGAAGCCCUGUAUGAGGUUCUAAACUCUUCAGAAAUAAAACAAGAAUUGCAAGAAUAUCAGUACCUGUUUUACGAAUUAACACAAUUAACCGGCAUGAAUUUUACAGAAUCCGAAGACGUGCAAUCUUUGUAUUUAACUUUAUUAGCUGAGCAAGAAUAUGGUUUACAAUUACCUGAGUGGACUAAGCAUUAUUUUCCAGAAAAGAUGCAGUUUUUAGCUGAGCAAAGCUAUUUAUACAAUGUCUGGACGAGGGAAAUGCAAAAAAUCAAGGCGGGUCCCUUUUUGCAGAAAAUGUUUAAUGAGUGGCAGGCGAAGGUUAAUAGUACUUUGAAACCGAAUAAGCGGAAAUUAUUUAUUUAUACCGGCCAUGAUUCGACUAUAGUAAAUAUAAUGCACGCCCUAAAAAUCUGGCAGAGACAAAUGCCGCGCUAUUCAGCCAUAAUUAUAUUCGAACUGCACAGAAAUAAAGACACAGGGCAAUAUUAUGUUGAAAUUUACUUCCGUAACAAUCCCAAAGAAGCGCCAAAAAUGAUGCAAAUACCCGGCUGUGAUAAGCAAUGUCCGUUGGAGCAAUUCACUGAAUUGUGCCGAGAGGUGUUGCUAACGCAAAAAGAUGCUAAUCGUUGUGAUCCCAAGAAUGAACAUUUCACAGAGCCACCAUUGCGUGGUCCGUAAAGCUCAGGAAAUUUUAUUUUACUAAAAAGUUUUUUAUUUCUUUUUUUUAUAAGAUUACGUUUUUUUUCCGUUUGUAAGAGUGCAAGCGUUAGAAUGAACGAGUUGCUGUAAAGGAUAAAGCAUUAAGUUAUUAAAAAAGAAAAUAGGGUGAAAUAAAAGAGUUUAACCUGAAUGUAAUAUCUUGAAAAUUUGUUUUGAAGAUUUUAUGUUGUGCUUGGUCUAUGAAUGGCUGUGUGCAUUUUCGUCGAGCACUCUUACUUUUGGCUAACCUGAUCCUUGUGUACACCCAUUAACUUUAUGACUUAUCGUUCUAUUGCAGCACUUAUAGCACCCGCACUAUACAGCUUUGGGUGCUCUCUUACUGCAUGCAGCCGGAGCCACUCUUCCUUUCGAAGCUUUCUUAUAUUGCUAGAAAUAUUUGUGUAAGCGUUUUUGUGGACAUUCAUUUUGACCACGUUGGUUAUAGCGACCAUAGAUAUCUUUAGGAGUUUAAAUUGUUAUCGAAGCAUAAAAAAUUACAUAUUCUCCGAUUUUUUUUUCGCGCGAUUUCGUUAAAUUCAAAUAGAAUUGCCGCCAAAAUACGAGAGAAUUCAUUUUAUUAAAUAGUGUGGUAGUUGUAUGCUCACAUCUAGUAAAUGCAUAGCGUAAGAUACCUCCUAAUCAGUAUACGCCUUGCCGUAGAAGGUGUGGAGCUUGUCCCUACGUCGAGUGCGAUCUUUGGCAGCGAGCAUUUAUGCCCUUAUCGGAAUACAAUUGUAAAUUUUUGGAUACUUUCGGGAAGUAUUCUCUCUAUGUACGGGCACAGGAAUCGUACAGCCCUAGAUAAUAUAAUACUGACGUGAUUUCAGAAUAAAAAGCGUUUAUUCUUCUUGGAUAC